UGCCGCCCAAGUUGCAGCUGCUGGCGGUGGUGGCCUUCGCAGUGGCAAUGCUCUUCUUGGAGAACCAGAUCCAGAAACUGGAGGAGUCCCGGUCGAAGCUAGAUUGAAAACAUAGGAAAGCAGCAGCUAGAUGCCAGGCAUGAAAUGUCAGGAUAUACUUCUGUCGUACACAAGCGAAUGAUGUUUUUGAAACUCCAUAUAAAAAACUCCACAUAGCUGAAGAUUUCGAAAGCAAAAUGUUACUGCUUUUCAAACUGCUUGGUGGACAGUGAUUUGAAUUAGAGGAACCAUGGAAUUUAAGGAAUAAACGUAACCAGGACUUAUCUGUAAUGCAACACCAAAAAGAAAAAGAAAGGGCUAUUGCAAGACAUGAAGUUCGAGAGAUUGAGCAGCGACAUACGAUGGAUGGCCCUCGGCAAGACGCAGCUUUAGAUGAGGAAGAAGACAUGGUGAUCAUUUAUAACAGAGUCCCCAAAACUGCAAGCACCUCUUUUACCAAUAUUGCCUAUGACCUAUGUGCAAAGAAUAAAUACCAUGUUCUUCACAUCAACACUACCAAAAAUAAUCCAGUAAUGUCACUGCAAGAUCAGGUGCGCUUUGUAAAGAAUAUAACUUCCUGGAAAGAGAUGAAACCAGGGUUUUAUCAUGGGCACAUUUCUUAUUUGGAUUUUGCAAAAUUUGGUGUGAAGAAGAAGCCAAUUUACAUUAAUGUCAUAAGGGAUCCUAUUGAGAGGCUAGUUUCUUACUAUUACUUUCUGAGAUUUGGAGAUGAUUAUAGACCAGGGUUAAGAAGACGAAAACAAGGGGACAAAAAGACCUUUGAUGAAUGUGUAGCUGAGGGCGGCUCAGACUGUGCUCCGGAGAAGCUCUGGCUUCAAAUCCCAUUCUUCUGUGGCCACAGCUCGGAAUGCUGGAAUGUAGGAAGCAGGUGGGCUAUGGAUCAAGCCAAAUAUAACCUAGUUAAUGAGUACUUUCUGGUGGGAGUUACUGAAGAGCUUGAAGAUUUUAUCAUGUUAUUGGAGGCAGCUUUGCCCCGGUUCUUCAGGGGUGCUACAGAGCUCUAUCGUACAGUAGGAAAGAAAUCUCAUCUUAGGAAAACCACAGAGAAGAAACUCCCUACUAAACAAACCAUUGCAAAACUACAGCAAUCUGACAUUUGGAAAAUGGAGAAUGAGUUCUAUGAGUUUGCACUAGAGCAGUUCCAAUUCAUCAGAGCCCACGCUGUACGAGAAAAAGAUGGAGACCUCUACAUCCUUGCACAGAACUUUUUCUAUGAAAAGAUUUACCCUAAAUCGAACUGAGUACAAAGUGUGGCAGUUAGAUUCUUGAACUACAACUUUGACCCUGUCUUCACCUUAGUUCUCAGCUCCACAACUUGGAUUGCUGAUGGGUGUGUAAGAUAAUUUGUAUUGAACUGAGUUAGGAUACAGACAGUGACGUCAAGGAAGUAGAUUCUGGCUGACAUGUCAGUGGUCUAGGAAGUUUAAGUUUCAGCCUUUUUUUUUUUUUUCUGGUUAAAUUUUGGUGGGAGUUAUAACCUCCUGCC